AUUAGACGCUGUUGACGCGGGUGCUAUAGUCGGGGCCCUCGGCCUUCGACUGUAUACUUCACCUUGUUGGACUCCUCGACACGAGAACCGCCUGAAGGAGGCAAAUGUUGUACAUCAAUCCAGUCUUGUGUGUCUGACUAGGGGAAGUUAUCGCAAGGAACAUGACAACAACACUCAACGAACUGGAUGACGAUACUCUCAUCUGGAUCUUCUCCGCACUUUCAAUUCCAGAUAUUCAAGCCCUCAGACGGGUUUGCCGUCGACUAUGGUACAUAUCUAUCCAACAUGCCGUCUGGCUAAACGCAUGCAAGGCCCACAUCCUACAGGAAAAUAUACCGUUCCCAAGUCGUCCCCUGUGCUCCCUAUGUUCCAGAGAACUGGAACGACUUACAGUCCGUGCAUACCACCUAGGCCGGAAUUGGAGAGCUCCGAACACUCGGUUACGCCUCCUCCGAACUGUCCCCAGUAGCACCGGGGCUAUCGAGGAGAUAAAGUUCCUGGCGACUGGUGGCAAAACCUGGAUCAUCACAAUAUCCAGGGGAAUAUGGUCUGAUCUAUAUCUUUGGGACUGCGAUGCUAUGCAACUCGUCGGUCACUGGAGUCCAGGAAGAGCCUUGUUCGACGGAAUGGUCACUAAUUCAGAUCAAAGUUCGGCUGCGGUGAUUGCAAUAUGCGUCAAACACUCUAGUUACUCUGUUGUUGAAAUACUCUCCAUCAUUUCGGACGUCGAUCUAUGCCAAGUAUCUUUUUGCCCAAUUACUACCCUGCAGACUCGGUACAAGCCAGUUACUCUGCGGGGCGACAUUAUCGCACUUUCGGACCACGACUCCGAAACGUUGAUCAUGAAUUGGAAGACUGGUAAUCAAUACCUUCUGUGUAGCCCUGAUACUUGGCAGGAUAAGCCAUUACACGUGACAUUUGCAGGAGGACACGUUUUUGUAGUGCGAGCCCGGUCAGUUUGUAUUUUCGCGGAACCACCCUUUGCUCGGCCAGAUGACGAGACAGCCGUGAAUUUGCCGCAUAGCUACACCUCCUUUGGAUGGGUUGACGGAGUCUCGUUGUCUGUAGGCCCUGUGGUACGAUAUGCGGAGAAGGAUCCUCCGUUCCUGUCUUUACUGGUCCGCACGAAAGGGGAUGAUCCAUGGUCGUUGAAAGACCAAUUCCAGUUUUUCACGGUUGGCAGCAGUCUUCCCACCGAAAGCUCAAUUGGGUUGCCUGGAGAAACAUCCUUGACCGAUUCUCUCCCCCUGCCGAGAUUGGCGUUAUCCUCCAGCCUCACGUGCCCAAAUCGCGGACCACUUCGUUGUAGUGACAUGGUCCUCGGUCGUUACGGCUCAGCUGCAUGGGUGCUUCCCGCUGAUCGUUCCAUCGCUGGGCUCAUUUCAGAGCAUGUCCAUUUACAAACAGUUCCGGUCCCGACUUCCAACCAGACGCUCAUUAUUGCGGCUUUCCCUGGUCCUUUGAGCAGCGAAGCGCAGGUUAAAGCAUCAAUUGAAAAUGAGGAGGGCUCUUCCUGGUCUUGCCUAGACUAUGACGAGGAACACGGCCUCAUAGCACUUGGAUCAUCCACUGGGGAUAUAAAUAUAUUUAGCCUGUAGCGCACGAUCUCUCAACAAUGUAAGCAGUUUUUGGUUUCCUACACCCGGUCUAGGUGUAUGUAGUUACUAGCAGUAGUACUAGAUAUUGACUUCUGGCUCUUCUCAG